AUGGUUAUUUCGUCUCUGCAUUUUUUUCCCGUUUUGCAAAACAGAUACCUUAUUGUGGUUGAUGAUUUAUGGACGGAGGAAUGUUGGCAAAUCAUAAAGUGUUGUUUUCCAGAGAACUCUCUUGGCAGUAGAAUAAUCACCACAACAAGGAAAGCUGCAUUGGCAGCGGAAUGUUCUUCCAGUUCAAGCGAUUGCAUUUACAACAUUGGGCUUCUUAGUGAAGUGGACUCUAAAAAGUUAGCCUUCGAUUCAUGGGAGCGGCUUAAUGGAUCGAACUGGUUCUCGUUGUCACAUCCCGGUGGAGAAGUGAUGAAGCGGAUAUUCAAUCUUAGCUAUAACGAUCUAACCCCACAUCUCAGUACAUGUCUGCUGCAUCUAAGCAUAUUUCCUCAGAACUACGAGGUUGAAAUAGACCGUCUAGUGAGGCGACGGAUUGCUGAAUUGUACAUCGUUGGAGCACGUGACAGAGAUGUGGAGUCAAUAGCUAGAAGCUAUCUCAAUGAGCUCAUUUGCAGAAACAUGGUACAAUUAUCGCAUCUGAUGCAUGAUGAUGCCCCAAGAUGUUGCAAGCUUCAUCCAGUGACACAUGAUUUCAUUGUCAUCAAAUCCAUAGAAGAGAACUUUGUCACCGUGCUGAAUGAUCAGAAUCCUGUUCUCGGCCGCAACCCAGUCCGCCGGCUGUCUAUACAGAGCAGCAAGCAAGAUCGAUACCUGACGCGAAAUGAUUCUGCCAGCUCCACACCCGCACCUCGCCUGAACCUGACUGAUUUGAGCUUGGUGCGUGUGCUGGACCUCGAAGGCUGGGAUGGUCCAGUAUGCCUUGAUGGCAUUAACAAUCAACCUCUUCUAAAGUAUCUGAGCGUCAGAGGCACUGAUAUCAGUGAGCUACUGGCAGCAAUUUGGGAGCUAAGGAGCCUGGAGACACUGGAUCAACAAGGAUUGCAGAUGAUAUCCAAGCAACACUGCGGCAGGCUGGAGAAUCUCGCCACCGUUGAUUUAAGAGAACACUCUCCAAGCUUUGUAAAGGGUCUCGGUGGCCUAGACAGAUUGAGGGUGAUUACAAUAAUAUGGUCCUCCCAACAAUGCGCUGAGGAAGACUACUGUAAAGCAUUACUAUCAUCCAUCGAAAAAUGGAGGAACCUCAAGUCUCUAACCAUCCACUGUGGACUCGGCUGUUCCAUGGAGUUUCUGAGCUCCCUGUCUCAUCCACCGGAGCUACUUGAGAAGUUUAAGGUGACAGCUGGAGGUUUUCUAAGUUUUCCAAAAUGGAUCCAAAGGCUCAACUCACUAUAUUUUGUGCAAAUCAGCGUGUGCAUACUACUGACUGAUGGUCUGAACAUACUCAGAGCCUUACCUAAAUUGCAGCUCCUGAUACUAGGCUUGGACUUUGUUCCUAGAGAAGCUAUAGUGAUUGAAACUGAGGGGUUCAGUGAGCUUCGGGGAUUCUCAGUCAAUUGCCCAGCGCCGUGGCUCACUUUCGGGACAGGAGCUUUGCCAAAUCUCACACAUCUUCAACUAGAGUUUUGCUCAGGUUCAGCAAUGCAAGAGAGUGUUCCUCGUGGCAUCGGCAAUCUCCAAAGGCUCUCGGAGGUAGCCCUCCUUUACAACCAGGAGUGGUGUGGUAAUAGCUCUAGCGUCAUAAGGACAGUAGAUGCUGUGAAAAGGCAGGUCGCCAAGCAUCACAAUCCGAUCAACCUCAUCAUCAACAAAACUAAAGUUGAUGUCGUCCAAGAGGUUGAUGAGGAGACUGAGAGCGCAACCGAAAUUGAGAGUGGCAGUGUUCAGGUUCAGCAAGUUGGCGAACAGAUAGUGAGGGUUUCAGUAGAGACUUGGGGUGAAAUUGAAAUUGAAGUUGAAGGUGGUAACAUUAACCACGCAUAG